CCUAUUGGACAAGAUACCUUAGACCACAGAACAGGGCAUCCGAGAACAAUGGAGUUAAGACUUGGAGCAUGGUUUAUAGUCAUCUUGUGUGUGCAGACCCUGGUGAUUUCUGCUCCGGAAAGCUUAUCCAGAGAAGAACAAGAACAGGCAGUUCAUGGCAUAAACGGGACGAUCGGAGCUUAUGGAGAUGGUGAAAGAGGAGAAUUUGAGGAACACCAUGAAAUUUUUCAUACUGGAAGAGCACAAGGAGGAGGGAAGGGAGCUCACAGAGGCGGUGGUGGAAACAUUGAUCGUCGACCAGAAAACCAUCAAAAAAAUGAUGCUUCAUCAUUGGCAAAAUCGGCAUCCCUAAUCUUAAACCACCCUAUGCUGCAUGUGAGCAUGGCCUUAAUCCUAGUAAUUCCCAUUUUCUUCUCUCUUUAAAACACCUUAAGACAGCUUUCUGGAAAAGAGUCCCUACAAGGAUCACCUCUUGCUUUUCACAUUUGAGUUGUGUUUUCUGAUAAACAUGUCUUAGAGUUUUUGUUGAUUAUGCAUUCUAGUAAAAUGGUUCUUGUGUUCCUUGAAGGAGCUAGUAUGAGUUGGGUAUUGUGAUUUCA